AUUAAUAGUAAUUCCCUUCCAUUAUUAUUAUUAAUUUUAAUCUGUUCAGACUUCAGAGAAUCUCUGAUAGCGUCAUUUCAGGUAGCAUUUAAAGCUGAGCUCUUAUUGCAUAAACCCAAACAAACAAAACAGACUAACCGCUCCUCAGAGAAAGAAUGCUGACGUGUAUAGCUCGUCCUAAGAAACUCGGGGAUGACUCACUGAGUCAACCAGAAGAAUCCGACUCCACCAACACUCCCGGCACCAAAACUCAAGCUAUCAAAUCCCUCACUUCUCAGCUUAAGGACAUGGCGUUGAAGGCGUCAGGGGCGUACAGGAACUGUAGCCCGUGCACGGGGCCACCGACUUCGACGACGGCGGCGAGUCAGGCACAGAGUCGACUGAGGGUGAUGGGCGAGUCGGACGCGGAAUCGGAGAAGUUCCGGUGGUCGUACAAGAGGACGGGGAGCUCGAACUCGGGGACGAGGGUUUGGGGGAAGGAGAUGGAGGCGAGGCUGAAAGGGAUAUCGAGCUCGAGCGGAGAAGGGACGCCGAGUUCGGCGAGUGGGCGCCGAGUCGAACCGGUGGUGUUGUUCGUGGAGGAGAGCGAGCCGAAGGAGUGGGUGGCUCAGGUGGAGCCCGGCGUGCUCAUCACCUUCGUCUCGCUCCCGCGUGGCGGGAACGAUCUCAAGAGGAUUCGCUUCAGUCGAGACAUGUUUAACAAAUGGCAAGCACAAAGGUGGUGGGCGGAGAACUAUGACCGGGUUAUGGAACUGUACAAUGUCCAGAGAUUCAACCGCCAAGCUUUCCCACUUCCUACCCCGCCAAGAUCUGAAGAUGAGCAAAGCUUAAAGAUGGAAUCUGCAGAAGAUAGCCCUGUAACACCCCCACUGACAAGAGAACGCUUACCACGUAACUUGUAUCGUCCGACAGGGUUGGGAAUGGGGUACUCAUCCUCAGAUUCACUUGAACAACAUUCGAUGCAAUCCCGACAUUAUUAUGAUUCAGGUGGUCUCGCCUCAACCCCUAAACUUUCCAGCAUCAGUGGUGCCAAGACAGAGACUUCAUCAAUGGAUGCUUCAAUAAGAAGUAGCUCUUCUAGAGAGGCAGAUCGCUCAGGGGAGCUGUCCAUAAGCAAUGCUAGUGAUCUUGAGACUGAGUGGGUUGAACAAGAUGAACCAGGGGUUUAUAUCACAAUUAGAGCAUUGCCAGGUGGAAAAAGGGAGCUCAGACGAGUCAGAUUCAGCCGGGAAAAAUUUGGGGAGAUGCAUGCUAGAUUGUGGUGGGAAGAGAACCGUGCGAGGAUACAUGAACAAUACUUGUGAUUGAGCAAACAGGGCGCCUGCUUGGUGCUUUCCAGGGUGUGGAGGUGUUGCUUAUUAGAGUGUUUUUUCAUUUAUUUUGCCACACUAGUAAAAAGUCUCGUCUAUAGAUAAUUAGGUAUGCAAACAGGUGCUUCUAGCACCACUUGAUGUUUUGGGGGCUGCACACAACAUUUGUAAGUGAGUCACGCUUAUGAUUUUUUCUUUCUUUCUUUUCUUUUUCCCCUUGAUUGCGUCAAAUAUUCUCAUGGGAUGUGGGUGGUAAAAUUUAUAAUCGAUAAGUCAAUAUCAAUGAAAAAAAUAUGUUCACUUCUUUUUGAGUAAA